AGCACUGUUUUUAGCAAUAACAGGUUACUACUGUUGAAAUCCUGCUGUAAAUUAACCGCAAUUGUUUACAGUGCAGUUGAGCUUCUUUGGAUGUGGUCUUUCUCCACUAACAGGUAUCCUCAAGUGUCUGCAGCUCCAUCUACUCCUCCCACUGCUCCCUGUCAUCAUCAUCACAGGAGAAACAUCCUCCUCUCUGUGGAGCUGCUCUGCUCCUCUGGCUGACUUUUCACAGUCCGAUGCCCCAACAGGACUCAGCAGUCAUGGCCGGCAGUCUGACCCGCCAAGGAUCCCCUAACCCGGGCUACAGCGCCAACAACCAGGGCCCUGUGGUGGUCCCAGUAACACCGGCCAUCACACAGACAGACUCCAGGGACAAAUGGAGCAAAAAAAUGGAUUUUCUGUUGUCUGUCAUUGGUUUUGCAGUGGACCUGGGAAAUGUUUGGAGAUUUCCUUAUGUAUGUUAUCAAAACGGUGGGGGUGCUUUCCUUAUUCCCUACAUUUUGAUGGCCAUCUUUGGUGGUGUGCCGCUCUUCUACAUGGAGCUGGCACUGGGACAGUUUCACAGAACCGGAGCCAUAUCCAUAUGGAAACACAUAUGUCCCAUUUUCAAAGGUAUAGGAUAUGCCAUCUGUAUCAUCGCCCUGUAUGUGUCCUUCUACUACAACACCAUCAUCGCCUGGGCCCUCUUCUACUUCUACUCCUCUUUCUCCACCAUCUUGCCUUGGACAAACUGCGACAAUGUGUGGAACACCCCUGACUGCACCAACUAUUUUGGGAAUGACAACAUCACCUGGACGAAUUCCUCCAGGUCUCCGGCAGAGGAAUUUUACACGAGGAAUGUUCUUGAGAUGCACAAGUCAUCAGGGCUCAAAAACGUCGGGGGUGUUCGCUGGCAGUUGAUGCUCUGCCUUUUUCUCAUUUUCACCAUCGUAUACUUCAGCCUCUGGAAGGGCGUGAAGACUUCAGGGAAGGUAGUGUGGGUGACCGCCACCUUGCCCUACAUUGUGCUUUUCAUCCUGCUAAUUCGAGGCGCCACUCUGCCAGGAGCUUGGAGAGGUGUGGUGUUUUACCUGAAACCCCAGUGGGGGAAGCUGCUGGAGACCAGUGUGUGGGUGGAUGCCGCUGCUCAGAUAUUCUUCUCUCUGGGGCCCGGGUUCGGGGUGCUUCUGGCUCUCUCCAGCUACAACCCUUUCACAAAUAACUGCUACCGUGACGCCAUUGUGACCAGUUUGGUAAACUGUCUGACCAGCUUUGUGUCAGGGUUCGUGAUCUUCACGGUGCUGGGCUACAUGGCAGAGAUGAGGAAGGUGGAGGUGGAGGAUGUAGCCAAGGAUAAAGGACCAAGUUUACUCUUCAUCACAUACCCAGAAGCCAUUGCAAACAUGGUGGGCUCAACCUUUUUUGCAAUCAUCUUUUUUGUGAUGAUGAUCACGCUGGGAUUGGACAGCACGUUUGGCGGGCUGGAGGCGAUCAUCACUGCUGUGUUGGAUGAAUACCCAGAUCAUUUCUCUCAAAGACGAGAACUUUUUGUUCUGGGCUUGGUAGUUGUCUGCUUUUUGGGCUCCCUAAGCACCCUUACAAAUGGUGGUGCCUAUGUGGUGAAGCUGCUUGAGGAAUUCGGAGUAGGAUCCUCCAUUAUUGCUGUGGGUUUCCUUGAGGUCAUCGCGGUUUCCUGGUUCUACGGUAUCAAAAGGUUUAGCAGUGAUGUUGAGUCCAUGCUUGGCAAAUCUCCGGGAUUAUUCUGGAAGGUGUGCUGGGUUGCCAUCAGUCCAGCGUUUCUAGCGUAUAUUAUAGUGAGCUCCCUGCUGAAAACGCCGCCCCUAACGCUGUUCGACUAUAAGUACCCUGACUGGAGCAUCACAGUGGGAUACCUCAUUGGCUUCUCGUCCUUUAUGUGGAUCCCCAUCUACAUGGUCUACAAGCUGGUGUGGACCCCCGGAUCUCUCAAACAGAGGUUGGCGGUGUGUCUCAGACCAGAGAGGACCAUACCAGACAUCCACGCUGACAGCCUCAGCAUGGCUACCGUGCCGUAGAAAGAAAAACACCUCAGCACAUGAAAAAUACCCCCCUGCUUGUAAUUUCUAUUCAAACCACAGUUUUAUUUAAGUUAUUAUUUGUGACCAAACCUGAACAUGAUCUGACAUUGUGACUGUUACCUGCUGAUGAUGUCCAACAUGUCAAAUUUCACUGCACAUGUACACUCUGUAAAAUGGUAAAUGCUGCUAAAUUUGUAAUUCCAAGAAGAAAUGAGAUAGCAAUACUCACCUUACUGUACGGUCUGUCUGUAUUCAGAUCUAUAGCUUCACAUGUUGCCAUUUUCAAGUGUUCGGUCGUAGGAGUCAGUAGCAAUUACCUAAACGGUCCUAAUGGUCUGCUUUUCCCCCUUAAUCAGCUGUCUUUAUCUCACAAGAACAAUAUGCCAAGGAAAAUAAAAACAUGUAUUUCUAUAUGUAACAUUCAGCAGAUCAUUUCUAUUGCAUGGGCCUGUUUUCUCCUGUUAAGUUUGUAGUUGUGAAAAUUAGAUUAAACAAUGGAAACACCAGUGUUGCACUUGGAGCAACAGUGAAAUUAACACACUUUUUCUCCGCUAGAAUAUUCGUGGCAGCAGCGUUUUGCAUGUAAUGAAAAACUUAAUUCAGUGGGCUGUUUAUCAACUCAGUGGACAACAUGUAUGUCAGCUAAUGUUCCUCACACCAAGUGUUACCAGCUCUGCUGUAUUUUUUUGUAGCAAUUUGAACAGAUAUUGUGUGUGGUGAAUCUAAGUCUUGAAACAAUUCUUUUUUCACUGGACAGAAAGAGGUGAAAGAUUUAAUGGGACCAAACCUAAAUCAGUUUGACAGUAAAUAACAGUCCCUUCUUUGUUUUUUUUUGCCAAUGCUGUAUUUCAUAUCUAUACAGUAGAUCUGUAAUACAGUGCUUCACGCCAGCUGCUGGAUAUAUCUGCUAAAAGUGUUCUGUUUUCCUCUACAUGUGUUUGUAAUGGAGAUAUGUGCGGCACUCAGACAAAGAUCAGUUCAUUUUCACAAAUCUUUUUAAAUCUUACAAUUAAGUGCUUGUUUUAGUAUCGGCAUUAUAGAAAGUAGAGCCUAUGUACUGCCUGGAGAUACAGUACAAGAUGUGCAGUUGGACUAUGUACAACUGUGGAAUUGUUUUUUUUAUAUUCAAAAUGAACUUUUUGAUCUUUGUCUGUUGUCUCCAUUUAACUCUUGUUUUGCCUUAAUCUGCCUGAAUAUUACACUGUAUGUACAAAAAAUUGUAAAGGUUGUAUUGAUAUUGUGCCUCUCCAAUGUUUUUACUCUCUAAUUUAAGACUGUUCAAAUGUUUUUUGCAGACGCAUAAUAUCACUUGUGUCUCUGCCACAUGUUAAACUGAUCUAAAAGCGCUUUAUACUUUAUUUAUAUUCAGAGAAUAACGUGACGAGCAAGGUGAUGAUUGUUGUGUGAUUUCAGUCCUUUUCAACCUG